AAGUUCAAUAAACUUUAUACCUUAACCUUGCUGGGAUUGGUAUUAAUGACAGUUCGGUAUCAAAAGAUGGCUUGUUUUGUUAUGUAAAAAUAAUAACAAUGAAGUUCGUAAUUCUUUUGUCAAUUAUGUUCGACAAAUCUUCAUGGUUUAAUAAGGUUUGGCUGCUGGAUUUUUUGAUACAUCAUGUCAGUAUCUUAGUCGAUUUAAAAUAUUACUCAAGUGCACGUAUCUUUGAAACCGGAUUUUUCUAUGCGACAUUUCAGUUCAUUAAUCGUAUGAAAUAUUAACCGAGCGCGAAUAACUUCGCAGUCGCGAUUUAAAAAUGAAGAUUUUAUGCCUAUCGUUGAUUCUGUGUUCGGCGUGUUUUAUUUCAUGUGAAGAUGCCGACGGUAAGAAUCUCCAUAAUGUUUUGCAAAAUAUCCGGAAUAGUACUCAACUUUUGAAUAAUCGAUUAACCGGAAUGAAGAAAAAUCUAACCGCUUUGAACCGUAUCAAAAAUCAAGUUAAUAAGAUAAUGGAUGGUAAUGUUAAUAAAAGUGGCGUUAAAAAUAAAACUCAAAAUGUGAUAGAUAAUAAAAUGAAAAACAUCACUCGGGCAGAUAAUUUAAAAAUAACUGCCAGUAAAACAAACGGUACCAGAAUCAAACGGAGAGUGACUGCCAGAGAAAAUUUAGACGAUUUGUACCCAACUUUAUCGAUACGAUCGGUGAAUAUAAACUUGGAUUGGUUCAAUUUUGCAAAAAAUUCCAACAUCACCCAAAUUGGAACAGCUUUCGUGCUGUACGAUGGAAAAAACCUUAUAUCGCACGUAAUGAAUGUUGGUAAUUUCGGAAAUUAUUAUACAAUUUCGAGCCUAGAACAAGAUCGUAUUUAUAAAGGCGAAAUUAAAUUACUGACUGAGAAAGAUGAAGUCAAGAAUUUUAUACGAAAACAAUCCGACGGUAAAAAUAUCGAAGAAUUUGAGCUCACUACGCCUUUUAUUGUAUCAGAUGAUGAAGUGAAAAAUAUCUUAGAAACGAGAGAAUUGCUCGAAAAGAAAUUUAAACAAUACCCACAUAAUCUCAAAGUGAAUUACAUCGAUAUUAAAUUAAUGUUUCCAAAAUUGGAAAAACUUGGAUACACCAUAGAAAUUUCUAGGUAUUACACUGAAGGAAAUAAUUCAGUACUAUCAGCACCCGAGCAAACAAUCGAAUUACUACCUCCAGUGAAAUACGUCAUUUUAUCGGAUCAAUUGCCCCAUGAAUUACUUCGAGUGUCCUUGAAAAAUGUCCGAGAAAACGAAGACGAUGGGGAUAUUUAUUUCACUACUGUUAACACAAUUAAUAUAUUUACCGGAAGCGUGUAUAAAAUGGGACUUACUAAUUUUAGUAGGUCAUUGGACCUUAUUUUGAAACCUUUCCAAAGGAAUAAGCACAAUAACGCUUCAAGUUCUCUGGCUGGUUAUAAAGGGUUUCAUCGAACGGAAACUGUAAAAUGUUAUUCAGAAGAUGACGUUUACGAUGGAUACCCUUGUGACAACUCAGAUACUUGUAUUCCUCUUGAUUGGGUUUGUGACGGAGAAACAGAUUGUAGAGGUCGCGAUGACGAGUUACGCUGUGAUAAGCAUACCAAUUAUGAUAAUGAUUAUUACUAUCGAGGUAAUUGUCGCAAAUACGAAUUUCGCUGUCGUUCUAAGGGUCAAUCGGUUUGUCUGCCUAAUUCGUGGUUAUGUGACGGACGACGAGAUUGUCAAGAUGGGUGGGACGAAGAUGAUGACAACUGCUAUGAAUCUUUCAAACAACUCAGACCAGGUUAUACAAACCGUAAAGAUUAUUAUAAUUCCAAAUCUUGCGGUCGGAACUAUUUCCGUUGCUGGGAUGGAAAGGAUUGCGUAGCUCUACGUGACGUUUGCGAUGGAGAAGAUGAUUGCUCAGAUGGUUCAGACGAAAAUAUUUGCGAAAAUUGGAGUAGAUAUUGCGAUUCGAAUUCAGAAUUCAGAUGCUAUAAAUCAGCAAAACCGUCUACUUCGUCAUCAUCGUCGUUAUUCAGUCGUAGCUGCAUUCCAAGAUCCUGGGUUUGCGAUGACCAAGAAGAUUGUCCAGAUGGAGAAGAUGAGUCGUACAAAAUAUGUAACAAUUUUGGUAAAUUCUCGAUAUCUUCAAGUAUUUUUAAACCAUUUGGAAUAGGUUUUGAAAUAAGCACAGGAUUCAAGAAAAAAUAAAAAUAAUGUAUUAGAAGGUAUUUACACCUUACAAUAAUUUAAAAACUCACAAACUUUUUUAAAUCUUAAAUUUAGCGUUUACCUAAAUAAUAAAUGUAUUAUUUACAUCA